AAAGUAAUAAAGUGGGAAAUCACUUUCGGAUAAAAUUCACUUGAGUGGAAUUAUAAUGUGGAAGUGGGAAUUAAUCGCCCUUGUAGGACUGAUCACUUGCUCGGUGACAAAUUGCUUCGUCGAAGAAAUCGAUUGCGCCGAAAAUGGAACCCAGGUCGACUGCCCCACAGCUUGUCCAGAAACUUGUGAGUACGAGGGCAAGAGCAAAUGCCUUCUGAUAUGCGGAGGUCCUUGUGUGUGCAAGCCAGGAUACAUUAUCAACCGGGAUAUUCCAGCCUGCGUUCUGCGCUCCGAUUGCCCACCUCAUAUAGUGCAAAAACCAGGAGGCCGAAGACUGUCUAACUUCGAUUGCUUUAGUGGAGUUAACUCAUGUAGUCAACUAAAAAUUUCAGUUGAAUUUAGGAACUUCGAGAGCAAAGAUUUUUUUAGUAAAUAAACUGACAAACAGA